GCUGAUGCUGCUGCUGUUGCUGCUGCGGGCGGCGGGAGACGAGGGGAACCGGAGAGAGGCCCCGGGUCGGACACACCCGGAGCGGACACGCAGUCGGGUCCUGUUAGCCUUGGCUGGGCUCUCUGUCUUGCCUGUCUGCCUUGGCCUCUGUUGUUUGAUGAACAGAAUGUGACCAGCGUGUCCUGAAGUAGGGGAUUCUGCAUUUCUGCUGACUCUAGUGGUGAUUGUGUCCUGAAUGCUAGAGCUGUACUGUUCGUACCAUGCAUGUGGCGGGGCUCAGUGUGGCCCCCGGGAAGCUGAGUCUGGCCCUGUGGCUUCUGAGCAUCGCUUCCCGUGUACUCUCCUCUCAUGCACAGGUGUAUUCUCAGACUGUGAACACACACUUCGGCAAGCUGCGUGGCACACGUGUGCCUUUGCCCAACGAAAUCCUGGGCCCUGUAGAUCAAUAUCUCGGGGUGCCUUAUGCUGCACCCCCUGUUGGGGAAAAACGUUUCCUUCCUCCAGAGCCUCCCCCCUCAUGGUCCGGCAUAAGAAACGCUACCCACUUUUCACCCGUGUGCCCACAGAACAUACAGAAUGCAGUACCAGAUAUAAUGAUGCCGGUCUGGUUCACAUCAAACCUGGACACUGUAACAGGCUACCUCCAAGAGCAGAGUGAGGACUGUCUGUACCUCAACAUCUAUGUACCUACUGAAGAUGUAAAGCGGAUUUCCAAGGAGUGUGUCCGAAAACCCAACAAGAAAAUAUGUAGGAAAGGAGGACCCAGCGCUAAGAAACAGGGGGAAGAGUUAUCGGAUAAUGACGAAGACGAGGAAGGAGAUAUCCGGGACACAGGAGCUAAACCAGUUAUGGUUUAUAUACACGGAGGCUCCUACAUGGAGGGCAGCGGAAAUAUGAUCGAUGGCAGUGUACUGGCCAGCUAUGGGAAUGUCAUUGUCAUCACCCUAAACUAUCGCGUGGGAGUUUUGGGAUUCUUGAGUACAGGAGAUCAGGCAGCAAAGGGAAAUUAUGGACUCCUGGACCAAAUCCAGGCACUACGUUGGGUGAGCGAGAAUGUGGCAUUCUUUGGUGGGGACCCCCACAGGAUCACUGUGUUUGGUUCUGGCAUUGGAGCAUCCUGCGUCAGCCUCCUUACCCUAUCUCAUCAUUCUGAAGGUUUGUUCCAGAGAGCAAUCAUCCAGAGUGGCUCAGCCCUUUCAAGUUGGGCAGUUAAUUACCAGCCAGUAAAAUACACAAGACUGCUUGCAGAGAAAGUGGGCUGCAAUGUGCUGGACACUGUGGAUAUGGUGGACUGUCUUCGUCAGAAGAGUGCCAAAGAGCUGGUGGAGCAGGAUAUCCAACCAGCACGAUAUCACGUAGCCUUUGGUCCAGUGAUCGACGGAGAUGUAAUUCCAGAUGAUCCAGAGAUUCUGAUGGAGCAAGGGGAGUUUCUCAACUAUGACAUAAUGCUGGGGGUCAAUCAGGGUGAAGGGCUUAAGUUUGUGGAGAAUGUGGUCGAUGCAGAAGAUGGUGUUUCUGGGAGUGACUUUGAUUACUCUGUGUCCAAUUUUGUGGAUAAUCUGUAUGGGUAUCCAGAAGGUAAAGACACUCUUCGUGAAACCAUCAAGUUUAUGUACACGGACUGGGCAGACCGAGACAACCCAGAAACGAGACGCAAAACACUGGUGGCUCUCUUCACUGACCACCAAUGGGUGGAACCAUCUGUGGUGACUGCUGACUUACAUGCCCGUUAUGGCUCACCCACAUAUUUCUAUGCCUUCUACCAUCACUGCCAGAGCCUCAUGAAACCAGCAUGGUCUGAUGCAGCUCAUGGAGAUGAGGUGCCCUAUGUUUUUGGUGUUCCUAUGGUGGGUCCAACAGACCUUUUCCCCUGUAAUUUUUCCAAGAAUGAUGUGAUGCUCAGUGCCGUAGUCAUGACCUUCUGGACCAACUUUGCCAAAACUGGCGACCCCAACAAGCCUGUGCCACAGGACACCAAGUUCAUCCACACUAAAGCAAAUCGCUUUGAGGAGGUCGCAUGGUCCAAAUAUAACCCACGGGACCAGCUGUACUUGCACAUUGGCUUAAAACCACGGGUCCGUGAUCACUAUAGAGCCACCAAGGUUGCAUUCUGGAAACAUCUAGUACCACAUCUUUAUAAUCUUCAUGAUAUGUUCCAUUAUACCUCCACCACAACCAAGGUGCCACCAUCUGACACCACUCAAAAUUCCCAUAUCACGCGACGGCCUAAAGUCUGGGACACCAAGCGUCCAGCUGUCUCACCCACUUUCAAUGGUCCAGUGUCGAAAUGGAACCCUGCACUGGAUCCUGUAGAUCCUGUAGUUAUCCAGGACCCCCGUGAUUAUUCCACAGAGCUAAGUGUCACAAUUGCUGUGGGUGCCUCCCUUUUGUUCCUCAACGUGCUGGCAUUUGCUGCAUUGUACUACCGCAAUGACAAGCGGCGUCAAGACACUCAGCGCCAACCUAGUCCUCAGCGGGCCACAGCCACACGGGACCCAGCCCACAGCCCUCUACCCCCUGAGGAGCUAAACUCUCUGCAGAUAAAUGCAGGACACUCUGAGUGUGAGGGAGGGGGUGUUUCCAGCCAUGACAACCUGCGUAUGGCCACACUUCCUGAUUACACUCUUACUUUACGCCGCUCACCUGAUGACAUACCACUUAUGACACCUAACACAAUCACAAUGAUCCCCAACUCUCUGGUGGGACUGCAAAGCCUUCACCCGUACAACACCUUUUCUUCAGGCUUCAACAGCACUGGCCUCCCCCACUCACACUCCACCACUAGAGUAUAGCGCCCCACCUUGUUCCCCUUCUCCCUUGCCCUGACAUUGGGUCAUGUCAAGAUGUCUACAGACAAGGGGGAAGGAAAAUGACACAUUCCAUACCCCCAAAGAAGAGGGGGUCAGGUGCGCGGGGCUUCUCUUCAGAGGGAAGGGGGCUGCUAGUCAUGUUCCACAGAGAACACAUAUGUUCUUUGCUUGUUUCUCAAAGUGCUUUUACCCUUGUGGAGGCAAGCAGAGCGUGAGAGAAGUCUGGCUUUUAUUGGAGGCUUAGUUUUGAAGAGAAUAUGUCUGCAACUAAGGAUCUAAAAAGCAACUAACAGGAGGGAGAGAAGUCUCAUGUGUUGCUACUAUCUGCACCCAACAUACCCUCCUUCAAUAUGCUUUUACCUUUCACACAGCCCCAUGACCUCAGGAUCUUUAAACUAAAAGGAACUGAGAUACAGCUGGAGUUCAAACCUGUACUUUAUUUCUUGGUAUGGCAGAAAUGGUUGAUCCUUGUUUACUAGAUGUUUUGGGGUGUAGUUACACAUGCAGUACAAGGAAAGAGUGAGAGCUACAGAUUGGAAAGUACUUCCUUUGCCAAUAAAUCUACACAACCAGACCACCUUCCAAUAUCUUUAAUGUGUGCCAAAUCACCACACCAGCCAAAAGGGGCAUGUUAGACCGGCUACUCUCCCUCAACAAGUUAUUUCCAGUGCCAAAUGCCUGAAACCAGCCAUCAUGGAGUGCUAACAAGGAGGGUAACUCAUAGAAGAUGGCCUUGGAGAGGGACAUUUGCAUAGAUUCAUAGGGAAAGGUUAGUAACAGCCACCAAACGUUAAUGAUGUGCCAAAUUUAAUUGCUAAUAGAAAGUCAUGGGAAUGGGGAGAGUGGUAAGUUGUUUUUUUUGAUGGGUUGGCUGUGCUUUCUUCAGGGAUGAGCAUAGACAGUAGUGAAGGAGUAACAUUUGAUUGUCAAUAUCAAUAAUAUUGUUAAUAUCGGUAAUAUGUUUACUGUUUCUGUGGACACAUGAAUGAAACUUGUUUCUCAUGUAGCUCAUACAACAUACAGAAACAGUGACAGGUUGGCAUAUCCUGUAUCGGGACUUAUUGCAGCUCUCUUUUAUGUGUGUUUGAUUAUUAGGAUAGUAUUAAUAUACAAUGGUUACCAUGACAGCAGAGACCCUGUGUUCUGUAUUUACAAAUAUUGUUAGAUUCACAAAGCUCCACCCUCAGCCUCCCUGGAUAUGUUUGAACAUGAGUCUGGGACAAUUUAUUUGUAAGUAUGUGCUGUGUGCAUAUGCAUGUGUGUCCAUAUAUAUGAUCUUUAUACAUAUAUAUAUAUGCACACACAUGAACACUAACAAACAGAUGUUGUACAUAUGAAUACUCACAUAGAUGUUUGCUGCCCUCUCUCCCACCACUUGGGACCCCCUCCUCAACACCUUUUCAGCUUUUCUACCAUUUGCCAUGAUUUUCUGGACAUGGGUUUUGUGACACAGAGGGACGCCAUGGGUUCAAGUGACAGUUUUGUGACACAGAGGAACACCUGGGGUCAGUAUUUAUAGAAUGUAUUUAUACUGUAUCACAGGAGAGUAGACAACGUAUUCCAAAUAAAGAAAACUCAUAUUUUUAAAA